AUGUCAUCAGUUCCACAAAUACCACAAUCGUUAAGACCGAUCGCUCAUUACGUGAAGAUUGCGAACGAAAAUGCUGCUCGAGAUCCGAUCAUUUACUAUUGGUGUCUUUUUUACGCAGUUCAGACUGGUAUGGCGUUGGACAAGAGUUCGCCAGGUGCACUUCAGUAUCUCACUUCGUUGCUGUCAACGCUUGAAGCUACAAAAAAGCAGUUGGCUGGACAAGAGGCAUUAACACAAGAUAUGGUCGCACAAGCACAUGUGGAGAAUUUCGCCGUGAAGCUUUUCGAAUAUGCAGAUAAGAAUGAUCCUGGACAUUUGAUCGAUGUUUUGACUCUAUUUGGUGAACUUGACGAAAACCUCACAGCUACUCGAAAGUAUGCGAAAUGGAAGGCAACUUACAUUCAUAAUUGUUUGAAGAAUGGUGAAACACCCAAACCUGGACCUCCUGAGGGUGAGGAUGAAUUAGCAGAUCUGGAACUGCAUGUACCACCUAAACCAGAUCAAGCUUCUUCAGUGCAUCCGGCAGAUGCUGGUAAUGCGUCGGCUCCAUCAACACAUACUCAACCGUCAUCACCCGAACGACCAGUUGCUCCAGCUCGUGCUCAACCACAAGUGCCUCAGCAUGAUAACGCCUCUUAUCCUGAAUCAGCUGGAAGCAAUCCGGCCGCUGCUGCUCCGCCAUCUUCAAAACUCACAAUGGAUGAUUUUAUUGCAGCUCAAAACGCCGCAAAAUUCGCAGUUAGUGAUCAUAAUGUCUUUGGAGUACCAUUGAGUGUUGCCUUAUCACGAAUGCCUUCACAUGAUGGCGUUUUAUUACCAGUUGUUGUCCGACAAUGUAUUGAUUACGUUAGUCAGUAUGGUCUUGAAACGGAAGGAGUUUAUCGCAUUUCCUCACCCAAAUCGCAUCUUGAUGAAUUAGAAGAAAUGGCGAAUUGGAGGAAGCCAGUGCAUUUGAAUGACGUGCAUGACGCAGCUGGUCUUUUGAAAAGAUUCCUUCGAAAGUUACCAAAUAAUGUACUUACCGACGAAAUGAGAAAUACAUUCGAAAAAAUAGCUGCAGAAUGCCCAUGUCGUUCAUUACCAGCGUGUCGUUGUUUAGUUGCUGAUCUCUUGAAAGCUCAACUCUCGAAGCUUCCACCCGAGAACUAUACUCUAUUAGCAUAUUUAUUCAUUCAUUCACAACAAAUCAUCGCAAAUUCCCAGAAAAAUAAAAUGGGUGUUGCCGCAUUAGGAUUAAUUCUGCAAGCAGCACUUAAUAUUUCGCAAUUGUUAUUGAGGAUCUUCCUUCUCAACGCUUCUGAUCUUCUCAGUCAAAAUUCUGACUGUUCGGUAUGUGCUUGUAUUUGA